UAUGGGGCCUCCCCCGCCAAGGCGUAACUUGGCGGGAUGGCAUACCUGCCAUCCCAAUUUUGGCUGUGGGUUCAGUGGAAAUGUACAUGGGCAAGCAGAACACAGUCCUUAACCACUGAGCCCCGAUAUAUCAUGGAACUUGGAAAACGGUAGAAGGGUGAUUCAGGGAGCUGGAUUUAUGCUUACAAUUAGCUAACAGUUAGCCUCUCACAGCUUUUGCUAAUAACAGACAGAAUGGGGCAUCCAACUGCUGUGUUAAUGUUUGUUUUCCAAAAUGAGUAAUGCUAACCUUGAAGUAGCCUAUCUGACUGGGAAACCAAAUUUAUCAAAAUAACAUUACAAACAAACGAGGAAUACGAAAUCACCAUGAUGUUGCGAAGUUGUAUCAAGUUCAGAUGCUUGACUGGUCCACUGCAUGCUAUCCAUGACAAACAUCCCAACAAUAUUGUUUUUUGCCAUCCACUAGCAAACGUCACAUAGUCAAAAAUGUCAUCUGGACAUCCUCAAUACUUGCAAACAUCCAUUCAAAAUGUACAAAAGGACUACACUCCCCUCCCUAUUGAGCCCACCAAACUGGACAAACAAGAGCUGAUCUUACAGUGCACAGCAGGAGAGAUAAAUACAGGAAUGGAGGUUCCCAAAAACUACAUAGCCAGUCCUUGUAACCUGUGUAGGUGGCCCUAAUGCCUAGUCCAUACUACACAAUUUUAGCCAGGAUUGUGUAGUUGCAGACUAAAUUUCAAGGUCUUAAGAGAAUCUAAAAAAAAAUCCCAAGACUUUGCUUGAUCGGUGGCGCACCCAUGACCAAAGGUCUUCCAAUGUGACAUAGUCAGAGACUCACCUGAUCCAGUCAUAAGCCCGUCUGCAAGUCUUGAGAGAAUAUGAAACUGGUUUGACUUUAUCUUAUGUCUUUAGGCAUGGUUUGUGUUGUGUGUGACACACAAACACUCGUAUUUCCACGUGGAACCGUCAAAAGCCAAUGAGCCUUAUAGCAUAUGGCCUAUAGUUAUUCGGUUAUAUAGUGCAGUGGUUCUCAAAGUGGGGUCCGUGAACUAUAGCCAGGGGGUCCGCGAAAUAAUUUGCUAUACAUUUUUUAAAUUGUGCUGUAUCAUUAAAAAGUGCAUAUAUACAGAUGGGGAUCAUUUGCGCCAAGCUGUGAAAUAAAACAAGCAUAUUGUGUCCAUUAAGUUACUCCCACGUUUGCUUUGGGCUAACAGAAACUCUGAUGUGAUUGUGACACAUCACGUCAAUCUGUCAUGAAUCACUCACUUCACUCAGGGCGAAACGAACCUUUCCUGCUGCUGCUUAGCUUGGCUUAUUAGCCAGCUAGCUAGCUGGCGAGCAUGGAGAAAUAUUUGAGUCAGUCCACAUCGCUAAGCCCAAACUAGCUAAAUUGAGAAAAUAUGACGACAGUUAUAUCAAGUUUGGUUUUACUGAGAACAGAAACGGGAGACCAAAAUGCGUCAUGUGUCUUCAGGUGCUAGCGAACGAAGCCAUGAUGCCAGCCAAGCUAAAGCGACAUCUGAUUACAAAGCACCUGGAAUAUCAGGGCAAAACACAAGAAUUUUUCUGUCAAAAGAGCAAGGAAUACACCCGCCAGAAAACACGGAUGGUGAACCUGGUCACAACUUCAGAGAGAGCACAGAAGGCUUCUUAUUUGGUGGCUCAACGGAUUGCUAAAAGUAAGAAGCCACACACAAUUGGAGAAGAACUCAUACUUCCAGCGGCGGUUGAAAUGUGUGAAGUUAUGCUUGGGACAGAGGCAGCUAAUAAACUGAAAGCUGUACCUCUCUCAAAUGACACCGGGAGGAGGAGAAUUGAAGAACUCUCGGUUGACAUUCAGUCACAGCUACUGGAUAGAUUGCGUUCCUGUGAGCAAUUUUCUAUUCAGUUGGACAAAUCAACAGACAUUGCCAGUGCGGCUCAGUUGAUUGUUUUGGUUCGCUAUCCAUGGGAAGGGAACAUUUUGGAGGGCUUUCUGUUCUGCAAGGAGGUGCCUGGGAGGACAAUGGGUGAGGAAAUAUUCAGACUCCUGGAUGCUUUCAUGACUGAAGCGGGACUCAGCUGGGAAAAAUGCGUGGCCGUUUGUAUGGAUGGUGCGGCAAUGACGGGCCGAAAGAGUGGGGUUAUUGCGCGGAUAAAGGCUGUCAACCCGAAGGUUAUGGCUAUGCACUGUAUGCAGCAUCAGCAGGCACUCGCAUCCAAAGGUAUGGAACCAGACAUUCACUUUGUUUUGAACACAGUUGUGACUACAGUUCAUUUUGUGAAGUCAAGGGCACUGCAGUCACAUUUGUUUGGACAACUUUGUAGGGAGAUGGGUGCUGGGCAUGACGCACUGCUAUAUCACUCUGAAGUGCGAUGGCUCUCUCGUGGUAAAGUUUUGCAGUGAGAUGUCAGAGUUUAUGAGAGACAAACCCGACAUCACAGAGUUUUUUCCGACCCGGUGUGUGUAGCCAAAUUGGCCUAUCCUGCCGACGUAUUCAACUAGCUCAACAGCCUCAACCUCUUUAUCCAAGGAGGCUAUGCUAUCUAUCCUUGAAGUCAGCGACCAAAUCACCGCGUUCAUGAAGAAAACAGAACUAUGGAGAAGAAGGAUGCAAGACAGAGUUUCUCCACACAAACAACCUGUCUGUGGCUAUAGUGAGAGAUGUAGCCACCUCUCACCUCACUGCACUGAGCGAGCACUUCAGCUCAUACUUCUCCGAUGUGAAUACUGAUGCCUGGGACUGGGUGUGGGAUCCCUUUGCCCCAGCUGCAACAACAAGUGACCUUACUGGUAAGGCAGAAGAGGAGCUGUUGGACUUAUCCUGUGAUAGGACAUUGAAGGCCUGAUUCCAGCAGGUGCCUCAUGCAGAAUUUUGGCCCUCACUCUCACAUGAGUAUCCUGAACUCACUGCCGAAGCCAUGUGCUUACCUCUGUGAGUCAUCAUUCUCCACUUUGACUGCAAUGAAGACUAAGUACAGGACUCGUUUGCAUGUGGAGAGCGAUUUUAGAGUCUGCCUGUCACCUAUCACUCCAAGAAUCGAGAAACUGUGUAGUGAGAGACAGGCUCACCCAUCUCAUUAAUUUAGGUCUGAAGUGUUUAGGUUGAAAAGUUUUAGAAAUAGUUCCAAUGGCAUCUGUGGUGGAGUGGGCGUGGUUUGAGCGUCGGCUGCAGAGAGAGAGAGAGUGAGAGGAGCGGCUCUCGGACCCUUCGUCACAA